ACCCCUUGGGAGAAUGGAAUGUAUAAACUUGUAUUUACGUUUCCCGAAGAUUCUCCUGACAACUUUAGCCCCAAUUUCGAAUCCCUAGACUAUCCCGUAAAACCUCCAAAAUGUAAAUUUGUUCCUCCUCUCUUCCAUCCUAACGUAUAUCCGUCCGGUACAGUCUGUUUGUCAAUUUUGAAUGAGGAUGAAGCUUGGAAGCCAUCGAUUAGGAUCAAAGAUAUUGUUAUAGGUAUACAGAAACUUCUCAACGAACCGAAUCUCAACAGUCCAGCUCAAUCGGAAGCUUAUAUGAUGUUCAAUUGUGGUGUGUGUGAGGACUUUAACCUCUGCGUCACUUGCUUUGCCUCGGGGGAAGAACUGGAAGACCACAAAAGUUGGCACGAAUAUAAAGUUUUGGAACAAUAUUCAUUUCCACUAUUUAACGAAGAUUGGGGAGCGGAUGAAGAGGAAUUACUGAUUGAGGGUGCAGAGAUGCAUGGUUUGGGAAAUUGGUCAGAUAUUGCAGAGUACAUAGGGAGUAAAUCGAAAGAGGAUUGCGAAAGCCAUUACAUGGAGACCUAUGUGAAUAGUGAAACGUGGCCAUUGCCGCCGCAAGUUCUUCAGAGCACGCCAGCCAACCACGAGAUCACAGGUUACAUGCCGAAUCGGUUGGAAUUUGAGAAUGAAUUUGAUAAUGAUGCAGAACUUGUCAUCAAAGAUUUAGAAAUAUGCGAACAGGACAAUAAGCAAGAUUUUCUAAUGAAAUCAUAUGUACUGGAGAUAUACAACAAAAAGCUGCAUAAACGUGCUGAACGAAAGAAGAUCAUAUUUGAACAUAAUCUGAUAGACUAUAAAAAGAAUAAAUUGGCCGAAGAGGAAAAAUACAAGAGCAAAGAAGCCAAAGAACUGUUUAAUAAAAUCAAGCCAUUUGCACAGACUUUGUGUAAACAGGAAUUUGAAGAAUUUGGAGAGGGAUUAAGUAAUGCGCAAGCUCUUCGUUCCGAAAUAAGAAGAUUACAAGAACUUCGCCGAAACGGACUAACAAGUUUUAGCGAAGAAAAAAAAUAUCUGAAAGCAAAGGAGCAAAGGCAACAGCAACAGUCGCCACUAGCGUCACCGUACGGUUGUAAGACGAUCUCUUCAUCGUCCGCUAACAAAGCAACACGUAAGAUCCCUCAAGCACUCGAUCUUAAUGAUGAGGAAGGUGUAGAUUUAUUAUCAGAGGCUGAAAGAAAGUUGUGCGAAGGUUUACGAAUACUUCCUAGAUCCUAUUUGGUGAUCAAAGAGACAAUUCUUAAAGAAUGGGCACGAACCAAUGGAACCCUUAGGAAGCGACAAGCAAGAGACCUCAUACGCAUUGAUGUUAGCAAGACGGCCCGGAUUUAUGAUUUUUUCAUAGAGAUGGGUUGGAUAAGGCAAUUAUCAGAUAAUGGUUACUCAGGGGGAAAUCCUAAACCUAUGUCUAAUGGAACGGGAAAUAGCGAAGGCGCUGCGACGUCUAAUGGCAUUCACCCUCCGGCUAACAAUAACAAUCAAAGGACAUACAAGCCAUGCUAA